AUGACCUCCCGACCAAAACUCACCCUCCAAACCACCGCGCUCCCUCGCACAUUCGGCACUUCAACGACCGGCCUAUCAUUUUCCUUCGCAACAGCACCAACUUCAUCCCCCACUAUUCGAAACACCUUCAAGAAUGCCUACGAAGUUGCAUCCCCAUCUUCCGCACCCUCCCCCUCCAAAUCCACGCGCUACAACAAACCGGCCUCUCCCUACAUCCUACACCCGAACAAUAAUAUCUUCAACCACCGCCCAUAUCAACUCCCCAUCGGCGUGCGCAGCAUUUUACGCAACUCCCCACUAGAACCCUCCGCCCGCCGACGAUCAGGCUCCAUCUCAGCAAGCGGAAAUGGGCCCAACGGCGGCGGCUCACGUCGCGUCUUCUUCCCAGCAAAGAAACAAGUCAGCUACCGGUACCCACUGGAGGAGGAGAUCCGGACAGAAUGCUACACCGCGCAACACCUGGAUCUCGUGACCGAGUCAGACGAGGCAGUGGGAACCGAGGCACUCGCCAGAACCAAAACCCCACCCGAGACAGGCCCCGCCCCCUUCCCGCACCUCGAAGGCGAAAAAGAGGACUCCGAUAACAGCCCGUCCUUAUCGGGGAGUGCCUCCGGCGAUGAGACCAGUGCCGAUGAAGGCGUGCGCGGGUCUUCGCUCUCCAAGACGGAGCGGAAAAAGCGCCGCACCAUGCGUGCGGAGCGCCAGGUGCGAGCCGUCGCUUUGCUUGAUGGCUUCGAGGCGGAUGGCUCCUCGACGCCGCGCACGCCCAGGCAGGGCCGGGCCAAGCGUCGGAGGGAAUGGAAAUGGACUCUCGGGCCUGUCGAUAGGGCCGAGAUCAAUGGCCCCGAGAAUGUCUCAUUAUUGAACGCGGCUAAGGUUACCUCCGGCCCAGAGUCUCUCCGAGUAUCCACCGACUUUGCGCCCGAUUGUUAA